AUGACUCCGAACAAUACACGAGUACGACAAUAUCUGGAAAAUCAUAUGCCUCCAUUACCCGAACCUCCAAGGAGUCUGCCAUUACACUCCGACUUCACUAAAAACAUCAAGAGAUGCGCUGAACAGAAUCCCAGGGAAUCGUCCGUAGCUUUAGGAAUUUCUUCUUUGGAUUUAGAUAUCAUCAUAAACUCAUGGGAUGUAUAUGUUAGGGAGAACCCUGAACAUGGAUUGAAAACCGUUGCUGAAUAUUCAGCUCGGAGGACCGAACGUAUACCGGCAUCCGAGAAUGGGGCAAUUUUACAAAUGAAAAAGAGAGCAUUGGUGAAUGCAUUUCGUCGACCUGCAGACAGGAUUGCUGAUGAUGCACAAAUGCCCGAAGAGCCAAAUGAUCUCGAAUCUCCUGAUAUGACUUCUGACGACGAAUCCCCCAUCCAAGGUCAAGAGGAUUUUGAAAAUCUCGAGCGUCAAUCUGAGCCUAUGGCUGAAAAUCCACCACCUGGGCAGCCAGCACAACAUAGACGAGAUGGACGGCGUGAGCCUGUAGCUCAGAAUCAUUACCAAAGUGACAGCGAAGAUUCUGAGUAUCAACCCAGAUCCAAAGCUCCGAAUGGACCAUACAAUCGUUCAAGAAAGCACCAAUCAAAUAGAGACGAAGAAAAUUCUGAACACCGGCCGGACUCUGUAGCUCAGUAUCAGUCAUCAGAAUAUUCGGCACAACACCAAAGCGAGAGUGAAGGUUCUGAUCACCAGCUCAGCCCCGCAACCCUGAACAAGGCUUCUGAUAACUUAUCAGUACGCCAGGGAAGAGGUCGGCGUAAGGCCGGAGCUCGGAACAGGAUGAUGAAGCCUCCUUCCCCCCAAGGAGGUCCUUCUAGCGGUCGUCCAUUAUCCAAACAGAAUCCUCCCGUCUUGGCUGAAGUGAUUGUCAUUUCCUCUGACGAUGAAUAUCCAAUACAAAAAAGAAGCCAUAGAGCAGGACCGAGAAGAGGGAAACCCCUCCCUGAGACAACGAGAACACGAUCAUCUGAACACUUGGCACAAGUAAGACCAAAGAAAGAAUCCAAAGCCGAGCCGAUAAUUGAUAAUGGGAUUGGGCUUUACGCAAGAAGUAGAAGAGGAGCAGAAGAUUCCGGACUCGAAGGAGAGGCAGUUGCGACCGAUCCUAUGACUCGUACACGAUUGUCUGAUUCACCCAUCCAAUACCAGGGAGGACCUUCACAUCGAACCAAGCUACCUUCACAUUCUAUGCAGCGUCGAACAGGAUGGGAGGAUUCUGAUAUAGAAGACGAGGACAAUCAGCCUGAGGUCAUGAUGAAAGAUUCAGCACAAAGCAGAAGAAAAGGAAAUUCGAAAUAUCGACAUGAGGCUCUGAAGCCUCCGAGCUCUUUCCCAAUCGGGGCGGAAACUCUGAUUAUCAAUACAGCCCCCGAAUUCCUUUCUCUACCCUCUUCGGCACAAUACCAAAGAAGAGAUAGAAGUGCUGAUGAUCAACUGGGACUUACUCCUCGCACAAAAUCACAAAAUCAUUCGAACAAUCGCCGAGAAGAGAGCUAUCCUGAGCUAAAUGACUGGAGUAGUUUGUAUGACGAAGAUCUUGGAGACGAUGAAGAAUCUGAAAGAUAUAUCCCUGAAGAGAAAUUUCGUGUUCACAGUUUCGGCUUCAAAGAUCCUGCACUUGUGGGAGGAAACGAUGAGGUCCGCAGACGAAGACGUGAACAACUUGAAUCGACAAUCACCAGAAAUACUUCUGAGAGCCUUAACGAGAACAAAAUUCACAGAUCCGAAGAAGAUGUAAGAACAAGCUGGCACAAACAUACUCCGCACAUGCUAGUUGAAGGAGAACGUAUUCAUGGAGCUCUUGGGCCAGAAGUCAAGGCAUUCGACAAAGUUCUGCUACAAGAGGCUAAUAUACAAUCUGAUAAUGGUAUGCGGGCUCUGAGUAUCUCGGAGGAGAAGGAGAUAGUGCCCUGGAAGAGAUUAUCUGAUAGGAAAUAA